AUGAGUUUUAGGUACGCUCUAGGGAAGUACAUCACCAACCCGGAGCAGGACCUUGUGGCGUUUCACGAUGACGACUACGUCAUUAUGAAGGAUGGAUAUCCAAAAGCAUUGAGACACUAUCUUGUUCUACCGAGGAACGAGUCAUUGACUUACAAGCACCCCGUGGAUGCCAUGGCCGAUUCUGCAGUGUACUACGAAACAGAGGAGUAUGUCGAGAAGACAAAGGACAUGAUUGUGGCUGAUCUUGUCAAGGAGGGGUACGUCGAGGAUAGCCCGAUCGCCAAGGAGAAAUUCAGAAACACGUUUAUCCGAGCUGGUGUCCACAGUGUGCCAUCGAUGGCUCACUUGCAUAUCCACGUCAUAACCCAGGAUUUUCAUCUGGAGCGGAUGAAAAACAAAAAACAUUACAACUCAUUCACAACGCUGUUUUUCAUUGAUUUCCUGGACCUCAGGCCGGCUACCCCCACGGAUCAUCUUAGUCCGGACAGUGAUGCGGAUUCACACAGUGACGGCCUGCUAGAGGGGCUUAUAAUGAGUCGCCCACCCAAAGAAAAAAGGGCUCGGCCGUCUCGAAACUUGGAUUACUCCUCCAAGGAGAGGAUUCUCCGUACCUCCCCACUCAAAUGUGUCUACUGCGGGAAAACUUUCGGGAACCAGUUCAAAGCUUUGAAGGAGCACUUGGCCGAGGAAUUUUCCCGAAAAUAUAGCGCCUCGUAUAUAUCUUCCGAAAACCAUUCUGAUUCGCCCAAGGCUACAUAA